AUGGAUGUUAAAAAGAGACGCGGAUGCAAUUACACAGUGUCUGAGAAAGAUACUUUAUUAGAAUUGAUAAAAAAAUAUCAACAUAUUAUAGAAAAUAAGGAGACAAACGCCCACAUUAUUUUGAAGAAACGACAAGCUUGGGAUUGUGUGUGCAAAGAAUACAACGCUGUUGCUGUAAAAAGUGUCAGAACGUGGCAACAAUUACGACAUCUGUAUGAAAAUCUAAAGCAACGGUCUAAAAAGAAUGUUGCCAAAGAAAAUAGAUUACAGUACAAUGAAAAAACAAAAGAGGCCCAAAAAAAGGCAUCAAUAGAUAAGAAAGAAAUAACUUCUACUGGUGGUGGAUCCUAUACAUCAGUUCUAACUCAGCAAGAUGCUCAGAUUUUAGCAAUGGUUGCUCCACAGGUGCAACCACUGCAAAAUCCAUUUGAUGAUGCUGCAUUUUAUUUUGGUGACACAGAAUUGAUUUCUGAGAACAUAGAAACUAUUUUAACAGUGAAUGAUGUAAAUAAGGAUGACAGUGCCAAUACCGAUAACCAUCAAACACUUUUAUCAAAUGACUAUAUUGAGCAGAACAGCAAUAAACCUCAUACAAUAACAUCUGAUACAAAAGACAUAAUACUCAUCUAUAAAGGAAAAUAUUUCUGCGGCGUUGUUGUCAAUUGUCAAAGCAUAAAGACUAUAUACAAUUUUUAUCAAUAUGGAAUAAAUCCAGGGAAGUAA